AUGGUGUCAUUGAUUUACGAUGACCCGGAAGAGAAAGAUAGUUUGAUGAAAAUUGGACGCUGCAGUUGUGCAUCGGCAUUCGAGCUCAUCUCUCAGACAAUCAUGGGUGACUCGUACAACCUGGUCGAAAAAAUCGAUGCAGAGAUGAAAACAUUUCCCUGGAAUUAUCCAGAUCAGUACGUCCUGUCAGAGUUUAUUCCGAGUCCAUGUAACUUUACGGGGUACGUGCAAUUUCCAAACUUACAUUGAGAAAUUUAAUACGUAUCUUAUCCGCCCAACUUGCUGAGGUUUAGAUUACUUUUUCUAAGUUAUUUGCAUUAAUUUUAAGUUCUUGCUAUUUCUAAGGGAAUUCGAAGGUCCUUUGAAAGUUGAAGGUUCAGGUAAGUUAUGUUGCAAUUUUUUCUCCUAUAAUUAAUUUAGAAGCCUUGCUAACGUAAUGCAUUCGCAGUUAAAUUUUUUCAGUUACAUCUGGUGUUUAAUCUUGACUGUAGACCCGCGUUUGGAUAAGCCUCAAAAUCGCUUAUGGUCUGAAUGAUUCGAAUUUAUUUACUUAAGAUAGAUUCAUGGCCGAAAGAUUGAAAAUUUGUUUUGAUUCUUAAAAAAAAGAUUUGUAAAAAGCUUACAUAGUCAGUAUCCAGACUGAGAAAUUUGUUGAGUCGGACAGUUCUUACCAGAGAUGGUAAAUAUUUGUACUUUGUUUCUUUUCUCUCGUGCAAUAAGCCUUUUUAUUCAUAUACUACAAAACAAAAACAGUAACAAAGAUAUUUCGCUGAACAGGGAAGUAACUACGGCGUUAGCAAUAAUCAAGCGCGUUCAAUCACUUUGGGCGAAUUUUGAUUAUUUUGCGAUUGAGAAAUUGUCGGAUUACACGAACUUGAUUUUAGUCGGUAUAUUUCUAUAUGAGCGGCGAGACAGAAUGAGGUUUGGAAAAUUUCCCAGCAAUUAAAAUCGCCCCUUGUUUAAGAACGAGUGUUGAAAUUUAACAGGUGUGCGUUAGUCUCAACAAACCGAAGUUUGAUGAAAUUAUCAAUUCUCUCUACGAUCUGUCACUCAUCAUUCACGUUGUCUUAAAAGCUCGGUUUUUUAUUUGAGCGCUUUCUUAAGCUGACGAGUGUUGUAAUUCUCCUCACGUUUUCAUUGAAAUUGCUAAAGAGAAAAUAAGUUUCAAUCCCAAUUACAACAAAGAACUGAAUGGUCUGAUGAUCAUUAAUCCAUCUAAUAACCCUCGAAUCAAUUAAAUGACGAGCCUCGAAUCAAUUAAAUGACGAGAAUUAUUUCAAUGAGUGAGCUCGAUCGUAGAGCCUACGCACAAAGGUGCCAUUCGAAGUGGCACCUUUCGUGCGCUUUGGUCCGUCAAUAAUUUUUGCGUAAAUCAACUUAAUUUCCAAAAAUAUUUUAUGGGGAAAUAGCCCUUAGGGCGAAAGCACUUCUAGUGAGCAGCUUUUUUUUGUUGUUGAAAGAAACAGUUUUCUCGUUUAGGGAGGAAAGCACAAGUUUCUUGGAUGCAACGUUACUGAUCCAUCAUUUCAUACUUCGAAUUCUUGUCAGCAGUAGAUAAAUUACGAAUUCUUUGGGUGUUUGCGGACAAUACAGCUCACCAUAGCUGCGUUUGUUUUCAAAAGAAAGGUCGCUUCUCUUUGUAUUAUUAAAAUGAUGCAAACAACACGCGAAAAGUUACUCGAGUGGUAAAGCGCAAUGUCCUCUGAAAUUCGCGACAGCUAAAUACUGUGUUUUGAUUGAACUGUCACUUAGUUAUAGGUAUUUACAAGGAAUCUAUUGAAUUUUUAGAUCAACUUGACACAGAACACCAACAUGGAACUAUGUUGUACCCACACGAUCCGGUAAGCCCUGAUUCUCAUUAAGUGCGUGUUAGAAAUUUUCUUUUCUCUCGUUCCAGUACAGCUUGUGAUUAACUUUCAGAGUGAAAAGAGCCAAACAUUCGGGAUGACGGAUGUUUUAUUGGUUAUUUCACAAGAAAUUUAGCUUAAAGAAAGCUGUUUAUUUUCCAAGCUACCAACUAUGACAUAUUUCUUCCAUUCCGCUCGACAUAGGCGAGCGAAUAUAUUUAUUAAAAAGGCACAUAAAUGGUAACUAGACAGAAACAGAGAGAAGGUUUUUCGACUAAGGAUAAGUUUGGAUCCUUUUGCGAGGAAGUACAACAGUACUUGAAGAACCCAUUUGAGUUAUAAAAUACCUGCAGAGAACUGACUUGUAUUUUCCUUGGACUUCGAAAUUGUUAAAUGUUGUUCAACUGAACCAGUCAUAGCAAAAAAAUAGCUUCUUAAUUCGAGUUUUGAAAGUGCUAGGUCGCAAUUUUCUUAGUAGUUAAAAGUUAACUCCAAAGUUGGGAAGACCUAAAAAUAUUAGCUUUCUAAAAAAAGAAAAACUUUUAGAUGAAGACAGAAAAAGAACCAGAAUAGUUGAUGAUUAUAACAGGAUUUUUUUCUUUCGAUAUAAAUACAUUUUUAAGCAUGCUAAUGAUAAGAAUAGAGAAAAAUAUCAACUAGGAUUGUUUGUUGAUCCAAUAUCAAAUUCUCCAAACUAAAAUAAUAAGAAUCGUAUGGGAUACAGAAAGGAAAAUUGAGAAAAAAAACCGGGGGAAAAGUGCAGAUAGUAGAAACAAACAAUGCAAACAUUACUGAUGGGUUCCUUGUUUGGUUAUUUCAGCCUGAAACCUUGUUGCUCCCUACGAAAGAAACUGAAGAGUUCUCAGAAUUUGUCGAGCCCCUGACGCCGACGCCUCUCAGCCCCAGGUUUCCUCCUCAUACCCUCAUGAAUUUAUCUCCCCCACACGUGACGUCACCGAGCACGUGAGUAAUGACAUCUGUUUACUUUCUAGGAUAUGAGAAAGUUACUCUAGAAAUUUAACCAGGUCUUACCGAAGUUUCCUUUUUGUAUUCUUGCAUCGCACCUCUUCCAUCUUCCACACGUAUCUCAUUCAUCUUAGUUUUUCAUACUUCAGAAGUCAAGUCUGAUUGAAAUUCUUCCGAUAAACAAUAAAUUUCUUCUUUUUGUUCAGGAAUGAGUUUCUUGGUGACUUCAACUUCAGGAUGAUUCUUGAAACCCAGGUAACACUGUGCCCCUGAUUUGUGACAGUUUUUAUCUCCAGCUAGUUCCAGUUGCAACUCAAAAGUAACAGAAAGUUUUUAACUUUUCGUCGCCAUUUUUAGAGGCGCUACUAAUCACGUCAUUUUGAAUGUUCUCUUUACAGCCUAAGAAAGUUGCCAACCCGGACUGGAUUGUGAGUAUAAGGAAUUAGUUGGUUUAAAUUUUUCCAGGGAAUGAUUUUCUUUGUCAGCUAAUUGACUCUUAUUAAAAAAAUUAUAGAGAAGAGAGAGGAAAGUAACUAAAGUACCAGGUUUGCGAGUUAAUUACGAAUUCGUCAGCUAAUCGACUUUUAUUAAAAAAUAUAUAGAGAUGAGAGAGUAAAGUAACUUUUAUUGUGUCAAGUGUUGAAUAACCAGGUUUUCAAGUUAAUUACGAAUAAAGAAUAGUUUGAAAUUCCUAGACAUCGUGAACACAAUUUUAAUCAGUGAAAUAUUUAUUUCAAAACGACUUUUGUAUGACAAUCAGGUCUUUGUUUCUCCGGUUCUCAAAAUAUCCCUAAAGAAAUUUUAAGUUGUUUCAUCUUACAUGAAGUAUUUCGACAGUUCUCAGUGAGUCAGAAGAAGCUGUAUAUUAAGUCAAAGACUCCUUGUCCAGUCAGGUUUUUAACCACAGGUGAGUGAUACCGUUAUACGUAGUCAAUUUAUUUAUUUAUUUAUUUAUUUCAAUAACUGCAUAUAUCAUGUUUGGUCCAUUUUUUUGGUACCCAGGCCCCCCGCCAUCUGGAGCAUUUAUUCGCGCCAUGCCUGUGUUCAGACAACCCGAGCAUGCGAAAGAUGUGGUGCGCUGCUGUCGAAAUCAUACCGCAGAACACUCUGGUAAGAAAAAAAUUUAAUUCUCAUGUUUUUGGGGUUUGGCGGUAGUAAUUUCUGAAGAGUUUUUCAGUGGAUACGAUGCGAAGGCCAUGCAAACGUAAACAUCGCCAAGAGUCAGAGAUGAAUUCAAGCAGAUUACCUCCAGCUUUCGGCGCGGGAAAAAACCGUGAGAAAGAAAAAAUUAAUGUUGGACCCAGUUGAAUGAUAUUUUCCAGAUUCUUCUUGGGCAAAACUUAUAACAGAGGAAGUUAAUUAAGAGAAUUCUUCAACUUGCUGCAUUUGUUCUUAGGCCCAGCGACGGGACAUUUCCUCCGCUGUGACAACCAGGAGGCUGAAUACGAGGAAUGUCCUCAGACCACCAGGCACUCUGUCAGGAUACCACUGCGAGGACCAGCUUCAGGUGAGCCUUACAACUGAUUUCGCAAACUGAAUAACAACCUAAAGUGUAUACCUGUCAGCUGUCUUAUACGCGGACAGACGCGGGUGAAAAAUCCACAAUUCCCUUUGAGUUCUGCCUCUUACUGGUCGUAAAGGGUGGAAAUUGAAAAUUGGAAAUCGAAAAAGUGUUUUAUUUCGGAAUAGCUGUAUUUGGUAACUUUUUAGUUUCAAAUACAUUCUAACUGAAUAUCAUUGUUUUCAGCUGACGACGCAGAUGAUCUCGGAGUACAUGAACUGUUCUACUUUAUCUGCAAUAACUCCUGCGGGGGUCUGAAUAGGAGACCUAUUCAAGUCAUCUUUACCCUGGAAGAUCUGUAAGUUAUGAGUCACCUGUGUUGAAAGCAUGUGUGACAAAGUAACGUUACGCAGCAGUCAUUAUUAAUUACCCUAGGGAGAGGGGUCGGAGGAUUUUGGUUGUGCCAUGAUAAAUUUUACCUGACCCCACACCCCUAAAGCUCUGUAAAAUUUCUAUGACCCCCCCCCCCCCUCAUUGAUAGUCAAUUGGCCAUCAAGUUUCUACAUUCACCCCCCAAAUCUCCUUUGGCGACGACUGAUUUCCCCUCUGUUCCCCCUAAAAACCAUGUGAUCCUCUCAAAAUUCCUCUGAAAGCCCCCCCCCCUCCUCUCAGGCCAUGUAUAAUGACUGGUUUCCAAAGACCAAAGAUGGUGAAGAUUGACACGGAUUACAAAGUGACCCGAUCCGCAAUUUUAGAAUACAUUUGUCAAGAAGUGCAGGCAGUGAUUCAGCUUAAUUACCUGAAUAAGAGUCGAAAAUUAUAUUAUUUUCCUAUUGAGAACCGGCAGCGUAGUCCUGGGGAGAUGUUACGUCAACGUCAGAGUCUGUGCAUGCCCAGGACGGGACUCAAAGCAAGAAAUAGAGGCGAUUAACCGUCCUGGCAAAAGGAAAAAGCCUAAAGCAAGUGAGUUGGUGAACAUUAGCAAUUUGAAUUUUAGAGUCAAUUUCAUGGCUUCGGUUAAAGUCGAUUUAAGGUCUACAUGCACUUUUGGUGCAAGGAGUUAGAUUUCUCGAAAGAGGCGACUGCCAUCGUUAGCUCCUAUAACUCCAAAGAACCUGAUUUUGUAUUGAUGAAGUGAUUUUUGAUUUGGCAUCGUAACGUUAAAGCCAAUGUACUUACUACUGCCAAUAAAAGCACUGGUAGAUAUUACAACGAGCCAACGAUAAGUCAAAGUAGACCGACGUAAGCAGCGUAAAGCGCGGGAAAACGCGAGCAGCCAAGUCGCAAUUGGUCAGUUAAGAUUGGUUGGCGUGAGUCAAGAUUGGUCGGCCUGAGGUAUUUUUAUCACUCAAAGACAAGAGCAAAAACCGAAGCAACUCUGGAUUAAGUGGGGUAAGUUUUUAAAUAAACUGUGGUGCUUCGUCGGUGGGAGAGUAUAACAGGGUAAUUUGGUUUUAUCAACUGAGUUGAUAACGUAAAUUGGCCACCGUAAAGACUGACUGACGUUUCGAGCGUAGCCCUUUGUCAGCUUUUAAACUCUUUGCAGUGGCCAAUUUACGCUAUCAACUCAGUUGAUAAUACCAAAUUACCCAAUUCUGGAUUAACCUAGGUUUUUCUUUCUUUCUGUAGAUGGAAACGAUUUACAGUGUUUUGGCUCGAAGAUGUCCAAGGAAGACAGCACAGUUUACAACCUUAAGGUAAAUUUAACGUAAAAAGAGAAAAAAAGUCUUCGUGCAUGCGCACUCUGUUUCUUUCUCUAUACAUAUGUUGAAGCAUGCAAAGCUACCUACAUAUAAUUUUAAGCUUACUAGCCUGGCUGUGCAUGGCAUUGCUGACAGUUUUCAAUGUUUUUUUUCAGAUCUGCGGAUUCAAUAAUUAUCUGAUGAUGAAGAGGAUCGCUAUUGCACUAGAAUUAUUUGCAAACAUGGAAAACAAAUUGUGAGAACAAAUUUAUGAUUCUUUUAAUUCGCUUUUGCUCUGAAACGUCUUCCUGGGUUUUUGUCAAAUCAAAACACAAUUUACAGUUAUCUAAAACUCGAUUGUCUUACAGCCAUACGCAGAACUGCAGAACUGUUUGUCUCUCGAUCUCGGACUUUCAAGACUGCCACAAGAGUGUAAUUUAAUCUUUUCAUUGACGACCUGUAAUUAUUUAUCGACGGAGUGGGGGUAGGGGAAGAGAAUUUUAGUUAUGUCCCAAUUAAAUUAACCUGAACUCACCCAAAGGCUCUGUAGCAUUCUAACGAGCCCCCACCCCCCUCAUCGAUAGUAAUUUUUCUAUGUUCCCCCCUGUAUACUUUGUCAGCAGCGCUUGAGCCCUCCUCCGCCCCACCCGAAGACAAAGUGAACCCUCUCCCCAAAAAACGCCCUUCGACCCCCGGGUAAUAAAAUAAUGACUGAGUCAAUCUUCUGUCAUUGAAUGUGCUAAUGAGCAACUGUUGCUUUUUGCAGCACCGCGAUGGAACCACAAGAUUUAGAGAUGCCAGAUCUUACCGAAUACACCCCUGAGGUAAUUUCACUGACAGAGACAUUAUUGUGGCGAGAGUUUCUGAAUCGUAAUACACACGACCCGUGAGGAACACGACACGACACGACACGACACGACCCGACCCAAACCUCCCUCAUUUUCUCUCCGCCACUAAGAUCGGGCCAAACCCAAACCUCGACCCAACUCUCCCUCGCUUUCUCUCUGCCGCUAACAUCGGGCCAAACCCAAACCUCCCUCAUUUUCUCUCCGCCACUAAUACGGGCCAAACCUAAACCUUCCUCAAACCUCGACCCAAACCACAAACCUCCCUCAUUUUCUCUCUGGCGCUAACAUCGGGCCACAAACCUCCCUCAUUUUCUCUCUGGCGCUAACAUCGGGCCACAAACUUCCCUCAAACCUCGACCCAAACCUCCCUCAUUUUCUAUCUAGCACUAAUAUCGGGCCGUUUUAGUAUUUCGCUCCGUUUUACAAAGUGAGUGCCUGGAACAGCUAUCUCAAGCCAAGAGAUUUGAUUAUUGGCGAUAACAUCUAUUGACUGUAUCUGAUAACUGAAAACGUCUACAAAGCUCAGAUACUACCAGAAGUUUAAAAAAGGGAAGCAGAAAUUUAAACGGAAAUUUACUUUAACUACGUUUUUCACAUUUUCAGGAUCAGGACAAUUCAGAACCGGACUCCACUAUAGUAAAGUAAGUAUGCGGAGAAGGUACUUCUUAAUACCAACAUGACCGCUUAGAGUCCAAAAAUUAUUGUCUAGGGUUAAGUUUAAGAUGCGUGGAAAGUCCAAGUAAGAGAUUGACUCACAUGACCCGGCCGGGACUAGAGCCAGGGCCUCUCGAUCCGAGGUUUAACACUCAAACCGUUAAGCCACCGCAUAACAAAUCUUUUUGGUCACGUGUUCUCACCACAGGACGUCGAUGAACGAGUCGUCUCCUCCACCAAUCAUGAUGAGCCAGGAAUCUUAUCUUCAUCCAACGCACACGGAGAGCUGGUACCCAGUCACACCACAAGAUCAAGACAGCCAAAUGCAAUCCCAGCAGUACCCGCAGCAGUGCUACACGUAUCGCCGUAAAACGAUUUCCGUUGUCACCUUUACUGAAGAAAAAACUGAUAAAAUCAUGAAAAAGGGGACAAAAGCAGACCCCGAUCGAAAGAGAAAACUGGCAUAAACUUUAGAUAUAGAACGAGGGCGACCUAGGAAAAGUGAGGUAUAAUUUUUUUACAAAGAGCGUUUUAAGGAAGACCAAUGCAUAAGCAUAAUUUUUGCUCUGUGUUAGUUUUUAUCACUCCUAAAAGUUAAUGCAAGUUUUAUUAUUGAAAUAGUGCGCUUAAAAAAACUGCUACGGCAAUAUUUAACCGACCAAAAGGCACCCGACAAUGACAA